AGAAGCCAAUGGCGGCUUCUGCGGAGCUCUGGCAAGCUGCGGCUCCGCGGAGAAGGCGCACCGGCGCGCGGCGGCCGCGGCGGAGGGAGCUGGUGGCCGGGAGCCCGGAGACAGCGCUCGAGGCGGACAGCGGAGUAGUGCUUCGUCGCAUCCGGGAGGCCGGGGAGGACCUACUUGUCUCUGAUUUCUGGAGUUCAGCACUAGAAACCAUCAGCAGAUGUCUUAGGAAACAUCUGCAACAGCUGAAGGCCCCUGUGGGCAGUCUUUUGGAUGCUCUUGGAAACCUGCGUCUUGACCCAUUGCCAGAUGAGUCGGAUGUGGCCCCUGGCUCCGUCCCUGGAGAGACCCUGGUCACAGGGACCUGCCAUUUGAAGUGUGUGUGUUACGGCAUUGGGAACUUUGCCACCUGCAUCAUAGCUAGAAACCAGCUAACGUUUUUGCUGCUCUUUCUGGAAAAGUGCCAGAUUCCCAGAAGUCACUGCUGGGUGUACGACCCUCUCUUUAGCCAACUGGAAAUCGCAGUUCUUAAUGCCCUUGGUGUGACUGUUCUCAGUGAGAACGAGGAAGGAAAACGGAACAUUUGUGGCAAGCCCACCAUCUUUUACAUGCUCCAUUGUGGGACGGCUUUGUACAACAACCUUUUAUGGAGUAACUGGUCAGUAGAUGCCCUUUCCAAGAUGAUCAUCAUUGGAAACAGUUUCAAACGCCUUGAGGAAAGGUUGUUGACAAGGAUUCUGCAGAAAAAUUAUCCCUACAUUGCUAAGAUUUUAAAAGGACUGGAGGAGCUUGAGUUUCCUCAGACUUCACAGUACAUGGACAUAUUUAAUGACACCUCCAUCCACUGGUUCCCUGUACAAAAGCUAAAACAACUCUCCCCGGAUAUGUGGAUGUGUUGGGAAGAACCAGAUUAUCAGGACUGUGAGGACCUUGAAAUCAUCAGGAACAAGACAAAGGAUCCUUCAGGCUCUAAGUCUCUUCACCAUGGCACACCAGCCGCAGCACAGGGAGAUGGAGGAGUGCAAUAUGCAUUUGAAGACUGCCAGUGUGAAUGAAUGAACGAAUGGAUGGCUAUCUUAACCAGCACAGAACACCACUUGCCCACGUCUCCCAAUAAUGGUUACCUCUUCGGCUUCCUCUUCUGAGUCAACCACAGGGAAGUCUUGCAGGGACUGACUGGUUCGCUCUGAGCCAUAAGCACCCACAGCUCCUUUUCCCUUCCUUUGUUUCGCUUCAAUUGGGUUAAUUAUACCUGGCAAGUUUCACCAAAAGAAAAAGAGAUAGACUUUACAUUAGAGCAAUUCAUUCAUCUGUGAAAUCACACUUCCUUUCUCCUUGCACAAAAUAACACAUUAUCCAUGAAAAAGGCCUCUUCUCUGCCCAUGGACACUGUUCAUGCCCUCCUAUGUGAUGUGAAACUUCUGAAUAUUUAUGCUAUCCCGACACACAUAAUGUUGUCAUGAGGUUACUUACUUCCUAAAUGCAGAUUUCCAUUUCCAUAUAGACUCAUUUUUUCAUAGACAGGAAGAAAAUGGAGUAAUCCAUUUAUAACUGGGAACUCGGACAUACUAAAUUCUCCAUUUUACCCAUACGGAAAGUGUAGUAUUUAUGGUACAUUGAUUCAGACCAAAGUGUUCUGAAUAAGGUGCUGUAAUUUAGAAUGAGAUUCCUACUUAGUAGUUCAUAUUUCUUGUUUAACUUAUUUUAUAACAAUGAUUAGGCCUUUGAAAUAUAUGGUAUAAAAGAGUUUACUAAUAAGACACAAAAAUUCAAUGAAGAUCCCCCCCAACCGAAAAUUUCCACCCCUCCUUUCCAUUUAGAGUGGUUGAAAUCUCAAAUGAGGACUGUCUCUUCAUUCCCAUUCCAAGUCAUCAUUCUAUCUUCCCUCAAGUUCAUGUAUUUUUGCAUACAGUUCAAGUUUCCACCUAUAACCUGGAACUAACUUUAAGCUGCUUAGGGACUGGGAUUUGAAUUAUAGAGAAUACUACUUAUUAAACCGAGCUGGAGAUCACUCACAGGAAAAAAAAGUUCUUGCAAGUAGAAUCCAACUGUUUGGCUUGAGUAGCUUUGGUAUGUAGCCUGUGUUAGACCCUAUCCCCUUUCCUCUUGCUGAAACAAGUAUUUUACUGAACUUGAUUUUGAUAAAGAUGAGCAGUGCAACUAUACUGGGCUGACAGAGCAGGCUGCCAAGUUAAAAGUACGCUUAAAAGGGAAAGAGCAGAGAAAGAGCAUGCUAUUCCUCAAACGACUCCUCUCCUUUGGUCUUACUUGCCUCCCUUGUAACAAAACCCCAAGGGUGACGGUGUGAUACCUUGUGCAUUCUUCCCGAGGCCCCUGCCAGGGACAUAGCCCAUCUUCUGAAGAAGCUUCUGUCCAAUUCCUUUCGUGUGUCUUUCCCAGCUGCCAAAGUCCAUGAAAGACUUGGUUCCUCCCGCAAAACCUUUCUGGCUGGGUUUAAAAUUGCCACCCUAAAAAGAAGAUAAACCAAAGCUUAAUUGGGAAAAAACAAGAAGAAAAUCUAAGAAUGCUUAGCUGAUGGGAAAAUUACCUGGCAGGCCCAGAGCAUUGUGUCAUCUGAGCCUAAUGUAUGUCAGGGAAGGAAAGAGACUACACUGCACACCUCAAAGAAACCCACACUGCCCAGUUCCAGCUGGGCUGCACCCUUGCUGGGAGAUGCCUGGACCGACAGCCUCUGAAGGAUAUUAAUGUCACAAUCCUGCAACAAAGACUGUACCGUUUUUAACUUCUUUGGUCCUAUAUCCUUAGGAAAGUCAUCUUGCUUAACAGGUUUCUCCUCAUCAUCAGAAUCUUCCAACUCUGCCUCCUCUGCUGCCCCUUUCUUGAGCCCCGCACUGAUGAAGUUGACUGGCGCAGAAUAGUCUCGGGCCCUGCAGGCACAGAACAAAGCCCCACGGGCACAUAUGGAAUCUAGAGUACAUUCAUUAUAACUUUAACCAUCUAUCCAUCCAUCCAUC